AUGAAAUUUGACAGCAUACUUUCUGAAAUUAAUGGAUUUGGAAGAUUCCAGGUGACACUAUUUCUGCUCCAGGCAUCCUCUCGAUUUACUCUGCCAUGCCAUUUUCUGCUGAACAACUUCAUGGCAGCGGUUCCAUCUCACCACUGCGACAUCAGGACCCUGGAGGAUGGAGAAGUGUUUGGAAAUUUAUCUCUACAACAGAAACUAGCGGCUGGUAUUCCGGCAGAACAAGAUGGGACUCUGAGCUCCUGUCAGAUGUUUACGCAGCCCCAACUUCAGUACUUGUCAGGCUCAAACAGUAGUGAGGAAGUGGACACUGUGACAUGUGAAAAUGGAUGGGUCUAUGACAACAGCACCUUUAAAUCUACCUUGGCAACAGAGUGGGAUCUCGUUUGCAGCAGGAAAGGGAUGAACAAGGCAACAGCUACCGUUUUCUUCAUUGGUGUGAUGAUCGGCGCACCGCUGUUUGGGUUUCUCAGUGACAGAUUUGGGCGACGACCAGUGCUGCUGGUUUCUUAUCUGUCAUCCCUGACCUUUGCAGUUGUAAGCGCAUUCUCCACAUCAUAUAUAAUGUUCAUCAUCAUGAGAUUUUUCACGGGGGUGUCCCUCGCAGGAAUAAGUAUUAUCUCCAUUGCUUUAAAUGUUGAAUGGUGUUGCAUUGAACGCAGGACUUUCGCAGCUGUAAUCAUAAGCCUUGACUGGACACUCGGAAACUGGUUGCUGGUUGGAAUCGCCUACUAUGUGAAUGAGUGGCGGAUGCUCAUUUUGGGCGUGUCCUCCCCCCUGAUUCUGGCCAUUUUCACUUGGUGGUGGCUUCCAGAGUCUGCAAGGUGGCUCAUGGCAAAUGGGAAGGGGGAAGCUGCUCAUCAUUACAUUGUACAAUGUGCAAGGAUGAAUGACAGAUCCAAAUACAUCAGCACCAUCACACCAGAGGCAUUACUGGAAUCCUCAGAAGAUGAAACAGGACAUAAGAAGUACACUAUCACUGAUCUGUUCAGGACCCCAAAUAUAAGAAAAAUUGCAAUAUGCUCAGGGAUUGUAUGGUUUGGAGUUGCAUUUACGUAUUAUGGGAUAAGUCUAAAUAUCACAGGCUUUGGACUAAACCCUUACCUCACGCAAUUUAUAUUUGCAUUCAUUGAAAUGCCGAUGAAGAUUGCUGUCUAUUUCGCCCUGGAGAAGCUGGGCAGGAGGUAUUGCGAGAUGGGAGCCCUGAUAUCCACUGGUCUCUGUCUCUUCAUCAACAUCUUUGUUCCAAUUGAUAUGUGGCUCUUUCGUACCAUUGUGGCAGUUCUUGGAAAAUCCCUGUCCGAGGCGUCGUUCACGAUAAUAUACCUCUACACGACUGAACUUUACCCUACAGUAGUCCGACAAAACGGAUUAGGCUACACCUCCUUUCUCGCACGGCUGGGCGUGUCCAUUUCUCCGCUCAUCGUGCUAUUGGAGGAUACGUGGCAUGUCCUCCCUGCAGCCACUUACUGCGGAGUGGCGGUUUGCUCUGGUUUAAUUGCUUCUCUCCUGCCUGAAACAUUAAACACUCAACUGCCAGAGUUAAUCGAAGACAUUGAGAAACCCAGGAGACAAUCAACAAAGGAGAAGGAGGUCCGAUAA